AGUACGUCUGGAUUUUCCGGUCGCAAGCGGGUUCAUCUUUAGUUAGUUUACGGUUUUUAGAGUGUAUUAAUGGUGCUAUAGUUUUCUUUGUUUCUUUUUCUUUCUCGCUUCGUUUUUGUUGUGAAAUUAGACAGGUUUUGUUUUUUUUAAGUGUACAAAAAUGUCUAGCUGACUCGGAGUCCUUGUCGUCGACGUGACGAAGUGUUAGCGAUUUGGCUCGUCGUUUCGUUUUCACCUUGAAUUUAGAUAUUAUCCUAAUGUCUUGUAUUCACUACAAGUUUCGAAGUGCUCUAGAAUAUGACACAAUUACAUUCGACGGGCUUUCUAUCUCGCUCGCCGACCUCAAGCGGUCUAUUAUUACUCAGAAGAAGUUCGGAAAAAAUUCCGACUUCGACUUGGAAGUUACAAAUGCCCAAACUAAGGAAGAGUAUAAAGAUGAGAUGACAAUGAUACCAAAGAAUUCCUCUGUGGUAGUGCGCCGCAUUCCUGUUGGACCAAAGAGCAAAGCACAACUGGCAGCGGAAAGAUCAUCUCCUUUUUCAAGUGGAGAGCAGAAAACAAGUGGUUUCCAAGAUUAUCAAGUUAUAAAAUCCAACAAGCUGAGCAAGGUGGCAGAUUUGGCUAAUGCCGAUGCAUCCGAGGAGGACAAGUUAAAGGCCAUGAUGAAACAAUCUGGAGAGGAUUGGGACCCUUCACAAUAUGUGAGAGGGCGUCGACCUUAUGCACCAGGUGUGCCUCUAUCUCAGAGCUAUGUGUGUUUUAGAUGUGGUAAACCAGGACACUUCAUUAGAAACUGUCCCACUAAUGGGGAUGUUAGAUUUGAUGUUCCAAAGAUGAAACGCACCACUGGUAUUCCUCGCACUUUUCUUGGCACAUUAGAGGACAGGUCAUCGCCUACAAACAGGUCUUCACCAUCAACUCAAGGCGAGGAUUCCAAACCUAAAGAAAAAGGCACGGAACCUGCUAAUAAGAAAGUUCCUUCAGCUGAGACGGGUAACAAGAAAGUUCCUUCAGAACUUAGGUGCCCCUCUUGUAACAAUUUACUGACAGAUGCAGUGCUUAUUCCUUGCUGUGGUACAAGCUAUUGUGAUGAUUGUAUUAGAAACUAUCUUUUGGAGAAUGAGCAAGAAUGUCCAUCUUGUGGUGCAGAAAAUGUUUCACCCGAUUCAUUGGUAAUCAACAAGCAGCUUAGACAGGCUGUGAAUACUUUCAAAAAUGCCAGACCAGCCAGCCCCUUUCCAAGCCAGGCUGUGGUAACAAAAAGUACAUCAGCAACAUCAGUUACUGUAGCUAACAGCUCUGAGGUAAAACAACUUCAGUCAGCAGCAGUGGAUACAACUGAAAGUGCCAGUGAAAAUGUUGUGUCGGACAGUAAACCACCUGAAAGUAAAGCAGUCAAACAAAUUAAUGAUGCAGAUAACAAGACAAAAGAAAGUUCCCCAAAGCCUGUCAAACAAGUGAUAAGUCAGCCACAACAAAUCAGAGUCCAUCAUCGUGAUGGUCCACCACAACAAGCUGCUGGACUACAUCAGGGUGGUGCACCAUUUGAUCCUCGCAGAAGACCAGGUGAUUUCCUUCCAAGGGGUCCACCUCGGAUACCUGAACCCAUUAUUCCUCACGGACUGCCCCCAGAACACGUGCCUCGUGUCCCAGCUGUCAGGCCAGGUAUGGGUGGCCCACCUCACCCACGUCCACCCAUGAAGGUACCCAAUUAUGUGCCUGCCUCGAUUGGAGGCAUGCAUGCAGUAGCACCCAGGCCAGCUAUUCCUCGAAUGCCACCUGUCCCUACCUUAGUGGGGGCACCACUUCCGCACCGUCCACCUUUUGGACCACCGAUGUUCGACCCACUCCACCACCCGUCCGAUAUACCAAGGUCUCUCACGCCACCUAUGUCCGAGAGAGAGUUUUACAAAAUACAAAAGAAACUGAAAUCAAGAACCAAGAAGAAGCGAGAGCAUUCUUCAGCCACUUCUUCCUCACGUCCCAGAAAGGAACCCAAGAAAGACGGAGGUAAAUUCGAUUUUGACGAUGAACUUUCAGAAUACCGUGAACUGCAGAAAAGUCGUCAACGUUUGCGCUCACGGUCUUUGACUCCAUCACGCUCAUUGUCACGUUCCCAAUCACGAUCGCGGUCGAGAUCUUUCUCACGAUCACGAUCACGUUCCCGCUCACGUUCUUCAGCAAGUCUCGCGCGUUCACCCACGCCAGAGGGUUGGGACGAAUCAAGAUCUCCAUCGCCAGUUCCGUCACGAAGUGGCACUGCUUCCGCAGAAGAGAAGAGAAGGAAACACAAGAAAAGAAAGAAAGAACAAAAGAGUAAAGGGCACAAGAAACAGAAAACAUCGCACAAAGAGGAACAGCCUUCCACAGAACAGAAAGACGGGACUGCCGUUUUUAAGGAAGAAGAGAAAGGCACUGACAAAAAGAAGCGUAAAAAGCAAAAAGAGAAAGCUGCUGGCAUAGAAGAAGAGAAAGAUAAGCUCCUGGAAGUUGGGAAAGAAAAAGUUAAAAAGGAAGAUAAGGCGAGUAGAGAGAAAGAGAAAGGGAAGAGAAAGGAGAAGGACAAGAAAAAGCUGAGUGAUAAGGAGAAAGGAAAAGAAACUGAGAAACAAGGUGAAAAGAAAGAAGGAAAGAAGGGUAAAGAAGGAAAAGAGAAAAAGAAGAGGAAGGAUAAGGACAAGAAGGACGAGUCGUCUUCUGGUAAGAAGCGAAAGAGUAAAAAGAAACACAAGAAGCACAAACGACACAAAAAGGAAAAAUCCAAAGAGGAGAAAACUGGAGAUGAAGACGAUGAUGAGAACGAUAGGUUGGCGGCCAAGGAAGAUGAAAAUCAGGAUGAGUCAUCUGAUGGCGAUAACCAUGAAGAGGAAACGGCGACAGAUGAUGAAAAAGACGAGCAUGGAACAGACCAAGCUGAACUACAAGGUGAAAGCAGUGGCAGUGAAGAAACAGAACGGAUGGACGAGGAUGAAAGGGAAGGAGUUGGAAAAGAAAGUGAUGAUGAAACAUUGGGAGGGCUGAAGGAAAUUGACGAGGAAAAACUACUAGGGAACGGGAGCGACGACGAGGAAGAACAAGAAGAAAAGAUUGAAAAGAAACUGGGAGGAAAUGGCAGUGACAUUGAAGGGGAUCAGAGGGAGGAGAAGUUGCUUGAGAGUGAUAAGGAAAAUGAUGAGCAAGAGGCCGAGGACAAGCUGAAAGGGGAUGAAAGUGAUAGUGAAGAAGAACAACGGUUUAAGGGAAGCGAUGAAAAACAACUUGAAAGCAGAAGUGAGGAGGAAAAUGACACAGACGGUGGAAGGAAUAAGGAGAAACAGGGGGAAGAUGGCGGACUUGUGGUGGGAAGGCAAGAGAAUAGGAGUGACAAAGAGACAGCGACUAGACCGAUAGGAAAGACUACAAACGGCAAAAAUGAAACAACGAAUCAUGAUCACAUAAGCCUUAAGACAACUGAAGAGGAAAACGGUAAUCAUAAAGUAGAACAGUGAGAGAAUCAGGAAAUAACUAGAGAAAAUGAGAAUCACAUGUACACGGAUAAAGCAUACAGAAGAGUGAAGUACUUGCUGAGAAUAUAUUGUUCGCACAAGAGGAGGUACGAAAAUGGUAAAAUGUCUAACGUUGCGUGCUGAAGAAAUCCAUUUAGCUUAAAGCAAAAUAAUGGAAGGGCGAACACUUCUAACCCUAAAAUCAACAUACAUAUCCUCCCAACUGGCCACCGUAAAUCGGUUAUCAUACAAGAUGGGAAGAUUUGAUGUGUGAGGUUUUCUCCUCGGUGAUCAGUUUCCUAAUAACUGUUUCUUGUAUUAAUUUUGCAAGGAGAAAUAAGAUUCUGAUCACCAGAUAAAGUGGGGGCUAAUAAAGUGUCUCAAGAUUAGCAUGUCCAUAUGAUGUAAGCAGCUAACUUGGUGAGUAAAAAGGAACACGAAAGAGGAAAAGUGUGUAUAGUAAGCUAGAAUUAUAAUUUACUGUAACAAACGUGUAGUCAAAUGUCUGUAACUUCA